AUGAGCUACAUGACAUCCAUGCUCGGAUAUAUGUUGAUGCACUUGUUUGUCAUCUGCUUACAAGCUCAGGUAACUGUUCAGUCCCCACCUAAUUUUACACAGCAUGUGAGGGAGCAAAGCCUGGUGACCGAUCAGCUGAGCAGAAGGCUUAUCAGGACCUACCAGCUGUACAGCCGAACCAGCGGGAAACACGUACAAGUGCUGGACAACAAGAAAAUCAAUGCAAUGGCCGAGGAUGGGGAUCCACAUGCCAAGCUGAUUGUGGAAACAGACACGUUUGGAAGCAAAGUCCGCAUUAAAGGUGCCGAGACGGGUUAUUAUAUCUGCAUGAACAAGAAAGGAAAGUUGGUUGGCAAGACAAAUGGCAGAGGAAAAGACUGUGUUUUCACAGAAAUUGUCUUGGAAAACAACUACACAGCAUUACAAAAUGCCAAGUAUGAAGGAUGGUACAUGGCGUUUACCCGUAGAGGACGCCCAAGAAAAGGAUCCAAGACAAGGCAACACCAACGAGAGGUUCACUUUAUGAAAAGGUUACCUAAGGGUCAUCACACAACCGAACCUCAUAAACGUUUUGAAUUUAUUAAUUACCCUUUUAAUCGAGGAGUAAAAGAACUCGAUACUCAAGCUCUCGGUAGGAACUGGAUAAUGGUCCUCUCCUCGGACUUUUAA